ACUCGGAGGGAGACCCAGGGUUUGGAGUGGGAAGUGAGGUGUGGGAAGUCUGUCGCUUUCUGAUGAGUUCAUUGGCCGCUGGAGACUGGUACUUGAACCCUAAACUCACUUCUCAGGUGGGUCUAUCGGCCACGCGUCCAGGAGAUUGAAUUAGUUAUCAGUAAUGGGAAGAACCUACAUCGUAGAAGAGACCGUUGGCCAGUAUCUUUCCAACCUCAAUCUCCAAGAAAAGUCUUUUGUCUCCGGUCUUUUAAUAGGACAGUGUUCUUCACAGAAGGAUUAUGUGGUUCUCGCCACUAGAACACCACCCAGAGAGGAAAAAAAUGAGAACCCCAAGCCUCCCAGGGAUAAGCUGGACGACGUGGAUGAAGAGUGGGCCACGGAGCAUGCAAAGCAGGUAUCCCGAAUGCUCCCUGGGGGUCUUUUAGUUCUUGGAGUGUUUAUUAUUACAACUUUGGAAAUGGGAAAUGAUUUUCAAAACGCUCUGCGCAGACUGGUAUUUGCUAUGGAAAAAUCUAUGAGCAAAAAAAGACUGUGGAAUUUCACAGAAGAGGAAGUCUCAGAUCGUGUGGCACUUCACAUUUGUUCUUCUACGAAAAAAAUAUUUUGUCGAACUUAUGAUGUCCAUGAUCCAAAGAGUUCAGCAAAACCCGCAGAUUGGAAGUAUCAGAACGGACUCUCAACCUCGUGGCACUCUUUAGAGUGUACAGUUCAUAUUAACAUCCACAUCCCACUGUCUGCUACUUCUGUCAGCUAUACUCUGGAGAGAAAUACAAAGAACGGACUGGCACGCUGGGCCAAGCAAAUAGAAAAUGGGGUUUAUUUGAUUAAUGGACAAGUUAAAGCUGAAGAUUGUGACCUACUAGAAGGACAGAAAAAAUCUUCUAGAGGAAAUGCCCCAGCGAUUGGUCAUUCUUUUGAUGUCAGAGUACUAACACAGCUGCGUUUGAGUUCAGACCACAGAUCCACAGCCACUGUCCAGAUCUGCAGCGGCUCCGUGAACCUGAAGGGCGCUGUGAAGUGCAGAGCUUACAUCCAGAGCAACAAACCCAAGGUUAAAGAGGCUGUGCAGGCAGUGAAGAGAGAUAUAUUGAAUACAGUUGCUGAUCGUUGCGAAAUACUAUUUGAGGAUCUGCUUUUGAAUGAGAUUCCAGAGAAAAAAGAUUCCGAAAAGGAGUUUCACAUCCUCCCUCACCGAGUUUUUGCCCCCAUUCCGGGAUCCGCAGUCAUGUUAUGUGAUUAUAAAUUUGGCGAUGAGUCAGCUGAAGAAAUCAGAGACCAUUUUAUAGAGAUGUUAGAUCAUAGGAUUCAAAUAGAAGAUCUGGAAAUUGCAGAGGAAAUAAACACAGCUUGUAUAAGUUCCUCUAUGAAUACCGAAGCUUCAUCGGACAACACGGAUGAUGAACAACCAAAAGAACCAAUUAAAACUGCAAUAGUGGUGAAAAUUCAUCAGAAUAUAGGUGUGAUUGCAGCUUUUGCAGUGGGAAUCCUCGCUGCUGGUAUCUCCUUUCAUUACUUCAGUGAUUAAUCAGGAUAAAGCACAAAGACCUUUCUGAUCAUCCGGAGAACACUGUCCAGCAAUUAUGAAUAAUAAAUAUGCCACCAAGCCAUCUGCAUUUAAGAGUAGCAGCCAGAUCUGUUGCCAAAUGCCUCUUAGGUGUGUUUCUAACAUAAUGUGAAAUCACCAGCUGCCUUGUUUAGCCCUGCUUCUAUCUGCUCAGGCUUCCAAAAAUAAAGUUAUUUAUCUAGAUGGAAGCUGCAUGUAACAAGUCAUUAUACCUAUUUUUUUAAUGUUCAAAA